AUGAUGGAAUUUCCAUCUGAAUUUUUUCCAUAUGUAGGUGCAAUAAGUGUUAAUGGUCAAUUGAGAAAUGUUACACAUAAUUCAGCUAAUAUCAUGCAUGAAAUUCACUCUUUUAUGAUGGAUUCAAUGACUUCUCCUAACUCAGAUAUUAGUACCAAAUCAACGCUGGCAGCGGAUGUGUAUAAAAUCACUAAUGAGAAUAAUAAUUUCAGGAGUAUUGGGAGUUUCGAAAAGAAAAUUAGUGAUUCCGCAGCACAUGUAACCAUGCCAUUAGCUACUUACAUACAUAGCAUAACAGAAGAUGCAAUCGUAGAUAACAUUUUAAAAGAAAAUGGUAGACAACUAUCAACAAAUAUAACAUCAACAACAACAACGACCAUUCAGAUAUGCAGUGCUAAUGAAACGAAUGCCAUUAAUGUAACUAAUUUGACAUCAUCGACGUUUACAGCAGCCAUUACUUAUGACUGUGGCUCGAUAGAGCCAUCUGAUUUAGAAAUACACUACGACACAAUAGCAAAUUGUUCUAUUACUAAACAUUCUGCAAACAUGACUCUUAAUAGUACAGUUGAUGUUACAUGCCAGAGUAUCGAAAAUCAGGCUGGUCGUAACUUCACAUUUGUUCUUACUCAACGUAAUCGUAAUCAAUUAAUCGACAAUGAAACAUUCAUCGUUACACUUGAGCCAUUACCUCUUAAUAAUUCGGCAUAUAUCGUAAUUAUUCCUGAUGAAAGUCUAUCAUCAGCAUCAAUUACAGUGCAGAAUUGCGAGAAAAUAGCAGAAUUAGAAUACCUCGUCUUUGAAUGCGGCACUGUCAAUAAGUCAAAUAGAUUUCUUCUUGAAAACUGUACACAAACAUGUGAUAAUCUACAGCCAGGUUCUUCUUAUGAAGCAACAUUAAUUCGAUUACCUAUUCCCGUAUAUGGCACAAAUAGGACGUUUCUCGAAGACAGAAUCACUCAAAAAUAUCAAAUAGGUCUGGAUAAAACAAAAAAUAUGACGUUCAAUAGUACUAUGAUGGAAAAUGGAACAGGAAUCAUUCAUUUCACUCCUCCAAGAGAAUAUUAUGAGACGAUUCAUUUUGAGUGUGUUGCAAAAGAUCAAAAUUGCAGCGAAUCUGUUAAAAAUUUGACUGCCAGCAUUAGCAACUGUUCCAAUUACUCGUUUGUUUUAAUGUCUAAAGUAAUUCAAGGAGUCAACUACGUAUGUCAUGCUAUGACUAUAAAACGCUCUUUCAAUUCUACCAAAUCGGAUGACUUAAGUUUUAACACAACUCUUAAGCCUGUACUUUAUAAUGAAGUGCGUGAUUUUAACUCAAGUCGUAUCAUGUUCAAUUUUACUCAUCAAAGUGACUACAAUAGCAUUUUAUUUAGCUGUGACGUAGUUGGCCAUCGAUCCCAAUAUUGUUCUACUAUAAAACAUUCACAAGCUACUUGUUCCACAAAUUUGGAAACUAAUGGAACUCGUGGAUGUGACUAUAAUUGCUCAUUUACUACGCGAAAAAUGAAUUAUAGUGAGGCGAUUUCACAAAAUCCUCCAAUACCGAUGAUCAAAGAAAAUAGAACAGCAUCUCGAUGGAUACAUCUUAAUUGGACAACACAAAAUUUUCGUUUAAUUACACAAAUAACAUCGAACCAUUUAAAUGGCAAGUAUGAACUUCGUGUUGAACUUAAUGCAAAUCAUAGGACACUAUCGGAACCGAUCAUUGUUAAAACAAAAUCAGAAGCACCUAAAAGACCAGCUCCUAUCGAUGUGGAAAAGAAAAUUGUUCCACAAAAGGAUGAUAAGGCAUCAACAACUAAUCAGUAUGUUAUUAAUGUAGAUCUAUCAUUAUUUUCUGAUGAGUAUGGAAUUGUAGAAAAAUAUUUAAUUUAUGUACGUCAAGAUCUAAACAACAAUGACUCAGAAAUAUUUUUAAAUGGUACUUAUACUGAUGCUUGGCAUAAUACAUCGUUUGAUUAUUUAGCUGUUGAGAUACCGAUAAUUUCUUUAACAGCAAUGAAUUUACCCUCCACCAAACCAGGACCAGGCUCAUCAAAAUCAUGGGUUAUAGUAUUUCCGCUUUUGUUUCUUGUGAUUAUUGCAUCUCUAGCUGUAUGGAAACGGAAACAACUUGAGGGCAUGAUUGGCCGCAAAACUAGACAACAUGUAGAUGAUGAACGUGAUCCAUCAAUGUUAUUAUCAUCAGUAAACACGAUUCCAACGAAAAAACCGAAAUCACUUUUUAAAUACGUUAAUAUGACGAACGAAGACGAAAGAUCAAUAUAUGACGAAUAUCAAGAACUAGAUGAUACCACACCACAGUAUCGUCAAUCAGAAUGUGAUCUUAAAUAUAAAGAUUACGAUCGUUAUUCUAACAUUUCCGCCCGAGGACCUUGGGACAGCACAGCUGUUCGAUUGCGUGCUGUUGGUAGUAAUCCGCGUGAUCAUGAUUAUAUUAAUGCAAAUGAAAUCAAAGGAUUACACGGUGAAAAACAAUACAUAGCUUGUCAAGGUCCAUUACAAGGAACUCGCGAAGAUUUUUGGGAUAUGAUUAUUCAAUAUGGCGUAAAAAAAAUUGUCAUGUUGACGAGAACAGAAGAACAAAAUCCUCAUAAUCCUGCACAACAAUUACCAAAAUGUGCCCAAUAUUUUCCUGAGAAGAAAGGAGGCGUAUUGAGAAUAUCUAGAAUAUCUAUUGAAGUGAUAGAUAUUGAAAAUCAGCCGGACCUCGAAAUUCGCCACCUAGUUAUUAAAUAUGAUAACAAUGAUCAUCAUGUAUUUCACUAUUAUUUUACAGGUUGGCCAGAUUUCAGUGUUGUUGAUCCACAAGAAUUAAUUAAUCUUAUUGAAAAUAUUAACAAGCAUAAGCCAAAUCGACCGAUACCAGUUGAAAAAAUGAAAGAAAUUUCAUUAACUCCUAUAGUUGUUCAUUGCAGCGCUGGUGUCGGUCGAACAGGUACUUAUAUAGCAGUGGACAUUAUUAUGUCUUUAAUUGAGCGACAAAAAAAUGAAUUAUCAACAAUGAAACUUGAUGUUAUGGGUAUUGUUUAUCAGUUAAGACAAGACAGAGGGAAAAUGGUACAAACAAAGGAUCAAUAUAUGUUGGUAAAUAAUUGUGUAGAAGAAUAUUUAAGACGUACCAAUCGAUUAAAUAGUGUUUUGAAAUCAGCACCAAAAUAUCAAACUACAAUUCAUACUGCAGAACUAACAUCUACAGAAAAUCGUACUCAUUCAACAAACUCUAAUGAUACUGCAGGUGAGCCAGUUAAUGAACAAUGUUAUAAGCGAACUUAA